CAACACCUUCCCAUCAGACCAGCAGAGCAGCAGAAAUUCUCAAUGGUAGCCCGUUAUGCAAUCAGAAAGGAAUUCAUUCGAUUCCCCGGAGAAAGUUGGCUGGCUCAUGGCGGACCUUUUUCGGCUUUACCUCUCCUACUCGCCAGGCUCGUUUCAGUUUGGGUGGCUACAAAAGACGGUGGACCUCAAGGCCAUCCAUAAGUGUGAGAGAGUUACCGCGCCAGAGAAAUCUCGGGGCCUCCCAAGCGACUGGGGUUUCUCUGGCUUCAUGAAGACCGCUGCCCACCAGGUUCUAGACGAAGUUCCCUUUACGCAGUCUGAAGAAUUCCAUGGCCCACUCUUUAGAUGGCUGGGCGUUGGCAUCAUGAUCAAUUCCUACCCCGCCAUUAAGGGGGUCCAAAUCUUCCAUCUUCAUCAUAACCACUGGAGCUGCAUGAUUCGGGAUCAUUCGAGCGCAUUCGACACAAAACAGCAAGAAAAUCACAGAGAUUAUCUUCUGAAAAGUGAGCUACUCGCAGUCACUUCGAUCUUCUGCCGCCAGAUGAACGAGAUGGUGUGGCUUCCUGAAGAGAACCGGUAUAUGGCCAAGCUGAUAUACAAGGAAGGUUUCUUAAUGGCCACGGUCGUGACAUUCGUCCAUGGGAAAGUACGCAUAAUCCAAGCGAGCUGCAACCCAUCGGAAACGUACCCAACGCUCACCUUGACGCUGAGGGCUAUAUACAAGCUCGGCGAGGACAACUACGAUAAGGAGGUGGCCUUUGAUGUUCUGAAAUGGAUUCUCAGCCCUCCCGAGCCGGCCAAGCAGCUCUCCAUGAGAGGAAAGAAGUAGGCAAUUUUGUCAUACAUAUAACCAGGCAUGAAAUGCGUGAGGCGGUUUUGCUAAGACUUUGCUGAUACGAAUAUUUGGCGAUUUUAUUUACUUUCUUUUUGUCAUCCAGGCUGCUCUCAUGAGCGCUACUAUGACGAAUUUGUAUCCCACUCGACGGAGCGUAUUAAGCAUGUUAUUUGCAAAUAUUCUAUUCAAAACCACAUUGCUCAAUUGAUAUGCCAGCAUUUCGAAAGUGGCCUUUGGCACUCGCCUUUUUUGCGCCGACAGAAUCAACGCACCGUUGAAGGAAAAUACCGAAACCCUAGCUAGGGCCUUCCUCAUAUAAUGACCAGUUCUUCUUAACGUAAGCCUUCAACUCAGCAAAGAAUUCCUCUAUUAGGUUCAAAUCAGGCGAGUAAGGUGGCAACUAUAGUAGCUUCACACCAGCAUCGAAGCACAUCUGCUUUAUCCUGGCUGAGCGGUGGAAUGAUGCAUUAUCCAUAAUUAGGACAGAUUUUGGUUCCGGCCACCGCCCACAGUGCUGAAGAAGCUGCCCAAUAAAACCUUCAAAAAAAGCCGCAUCAGUUGAACCAGUAAAGACACGAGAAAGGAGAAUGCCAAAACAGGCUCUGUCAAGAUACACUGGACGACACAUCAUCCCCGUGGUUUGCCCGAUAAAGAUACUUCCAUGGCACGAUAUUGCAAUGAACAAGCUAGGUUGAUUGGCACUGUGGUUGAGGGUGACUCGCAAAAAUGUGGCCCUCCAUCGGCCUCGCAGAUGUAAAUCAGGCCAAUACCAGUGGGAUUGGAAGGAACGGAAGGGAUCAGCAGACUUGCAGGUUUGCUCCAAAAAGAUGGGAAAGUAAAUGGUAGGGAAAAUGGAACACGAUAAUAUGUGCCUUUGUAUCUGGGUGUUGCUCAUAAC